GGAUCCCGGGGUCGGGGUGAGGGCGGAUCCCGGGCUCGGGGUGAGGGCGGAUGGACCCCUCGGCGCUGGAACAGGACGCGGUGAAGUUCGCGCAGUUGGCGGUUGGCAGCGACCAGAGCGGUCACUUCACCAGAGCCGUGUUUUACUAUAAGGAGGCUGCUCAAGCAUUAAUCCACGCUGGCAUGGCUGGAUCAAAGUUGGAUAGUAUUCAGGAAAAAAUAACCGAGUACCUGGACAGAGUACAAGCUCUUCAUUCAGCAGUUCAGGGACAGAAUAAUGCAGGGGACCCUCUGAAGACAAAACAGCAGAUGGAUCUGGAGCGUGCUCACUUCUUGGUGACACAGGCCUUCGACGAAGACGAGAAAGGCAGUGUAGACGAGGCUGUAGAACUGUACACAGAAGGUGUUGAAUUAUGCCUGAAAACCGCAAACGAAACAUCUGACGAAACCCUGCAGGUUAAAUUGAAGCAAUUAGCUCGACAAGCACUUGACAGAGCCGAGGCGUUAAAAGUUUCCAUGUCCAAAACUUCGCUAGAAAAGAAGCAAAGUACAGGUAAACCUAGCAUGCCUGGGCGAACCUUGCAGCCCUUGGGACCUGACUUCUCUCUGAAUAAUAAACCACAGCUAUCCAGAAAUCAGCAGGGCAGUGAACCAUCCCCUCAGGGUCAGAGAUACACUCCAGAGGAAAUUCAGGUACUCAGGAAAACAUCUAAGAUAAAUGGAAUUGAAUAUGUUCCAUUCAUGAGUGUUGACCUUAAGGAGAGAUUUGCCUUUCCAAUGCCAUUCUCAGACCGGGCUGGCCAAUUGGUUUUGUCACCAAAACAGAAAGCAUUAUUUUCUCGCUGGGUUCGACCUGAUGAGCUGAGCAACAACCCUACAAUGAUCUACACAGUGUCUAGUUUUAGUAUAAAGCAGACGGUAGUAUCGGACUGUUCUUUUGUGGCAUCUCUCGCCAUCAGUGCUGCCUAUGAAAGACGUUAUAAUAAAAAGUUAAUCACAAGCAUUAUUUAUCCUCAGAAUCGAAAGGGUGAGCCGGAAUAUAAUCCAUGUGGAAAAUACAUGGUAAAACUUCAUAUCAACGGAGUUCCCAGAAAGGUGAUAAUUGAUGACUAUUUGCCUGUGGAUUACAAUGGAGAGUUGUUAUGUUCCUAUUCCAAUAACAAAAACGAGCUUUGGGUGUCUUUGAUUGAAAAGGCAUACAUGAAGGUUAUGGGAGGAUAUGACUUUCCAGGCUCCAACUCUAAUAUUGAUCUCCAUGCACUGACUGGCUGGAUACCAGAACGAAUUGCAAUGCAUUCAGAUAAUCAAACGUUUGAUCAUGAGGGCACUUUCAGGAUGCUUUACCAAAGGUUCCAUAAGGGAGAUGUUCUGAUUACAACAGCAACGGGGAUUAUGAGUGAAGAAGAAGGCGAGAAAUGGGGCCUGGUGCCUACACAUGCAUAUGCUGUCCUAGACAUUCGUGAAUACAAGCGGCUCAAAUUUCUUCAACUUAAAAAUCCCUGGAGCCAUUUGCGAUGGAAAGGACGGUACAGUGAUCGAGACGAAAAGAGCUGGAUUCCAGCACUACAAAAAUAUUUGAACUUUGAUCCCAAAACAGCACAGAAAAUCGACAAUGGAGUUUUCUGGAUUAGUUGGGAGGACCUUUGCACAUACUAUGAUGUGAUUUAUUUGAGCUGGAACCCUGCUUUGUUCAAAGAAUCAACAUGUAUUCACAGUACUUGGGAUGCAAAGCAAGGUCCUGUGAAAGAUGCGUACAGCCUAGCUAACAACCCGCAAUACAAGCUGGAGGUUCAGUGCCCACAAGGUGGUGCUGUAGUUUGGGUUUUAUUAACCAGACACAUCACUGACAAGGAUGACUUUGCUCGCAAUCGAGAAUUUAUAACCUUGGUCGUUUAUCAGACUGGAGGAAAGAAAGUUUAUUACCCAAGUGAUCCUCCUCCACUCAUUGAUGGAAUUCGAAUAAACAGUCCUCAUUACCUGACUAAGAUCAAGCUGACAAAACCAGGGUCGAGCACAUAUACAUUAGUGGUAUCUCAAUAUGAGAAGCAGAAUACCAUCCAUUAUACACUCAGGGUAUAUUCAAUGUGCAAGUUUACAUUCUCGAAGAUCCUUUUUCCGUACAUCCAUUACAAACGGGUAAAUGGUCAGUGGAAAGGUCAGACUGCUGGUGGGUGUGGAAAUUACAGAAAUACUUACAUGCUGAAUCCAACGUACCAGAUCAAUGUCGAGAAGUCUGGGCCGCUGCUGAUUGAAUUGCGUGGACCCAGGCAGUACAGCGUUGGAUUUGAAUUGAUAGUUGUCUCGACAGCAGGAGAGUUUUCGAAAAAACCCAGUGGAGAUUACAGGUGUGGAUUUUGCUACUUGGAAGUUGACAAUGUCCCUGCAGGAGUUUACAAUAUCAUCCCCACAACCUUCCUUCCUAAUCAAGAAGGCCCCUUCUUCUUAGACUUUCACAGCACAAUUCCACUCAGGAUUACUCAGUUGAAAUGAGCUAAGGAACUCUUAAUUAGCAUUUUUUUCUGUCUCAGGAGAGAAUUGAAGAAUCCUGUGUAUGCCAGUUAAUAGGAAUGAUGUGUAUGCGUUUUAAAGGUAACAUUAGCUCUGGCACGAUUUAUUAGAAGUUUCUGUAUAGAAAUUUGGGGGAUAAUGAAAAUCUUUUGCUUAUCAUUGAAAUUGAUUUCUUCCAACCUGUUCCUUCCUAUAGGAAAAGAGCUUUCUUCUAUCAGCAGCAAUGUUAAUGCACUAGCAAGAAAACACAGCUUUGGUUUACAUUUCUGAUGUACUUAAAAAAGGAUUGUAUAAAUCUUUCUAAAAAGCAGUAGGCAUUCCUGCUUUAAUUCAUUUUUUUAAAAAAAGUGAUGGAUGGAAUGGGGGCUCCGGGAAUUAUAUUCAUGUGUCUGUACCCACUAUUACAUUGAUGUAAUAUGUAUUGUAUUUUCUUGUCCAAGCUCAGUACGUUAACUGGAUUUUCUUGGUGCAUGUUCAGAUUGCAGUCAGCAUUCUGCGCAAUAUAUGUUGACUGAAUGAUUGAAAGGUUUGUCUCCCUCCCCCACCCCCCAGGCUUUUAAGCUGUAGUUUGCCUGAAAUCUAACCCGCAUUCUUACCUAUUGGAAUCACUUUGCAACACAUGGAGAAAAAUGUGCAGUUUAUAUUUUAAACCAAAGACUAAUUGGUAUUUGUAAUUGGUAAAAUCAGGCUUGUAAAAUGUAUCUACUUUAUAUAAAAGAAAGUUCACUACUGGCAUAGUGGUUAUAUUCUGAAUUUGGCCAAAUGUAUUUCUAUUAAAGAUUGUUUAUUUUUAUGAAUUUCUGAUACCUUAACAGGAUUGAAAACAAAUUAUGCAUUUAAAUGAAAAUUUUAACUUAAAAUUUAUAAUUUAUUAGUAUUGGAUUGGUAUAGAUCAAAACAGGAUGUUUUGAACUGUUCUGGGAUGUGGGUCACAACUAAAGUAGUAUUUGAUAAAGAAUGAAGUGAAGAAAAAAUGUAUUUCAUUAAUGAUAUUUAAUAAUUGGUGACACUAUGUUGUGCUGUUAAACUUGUGUUCUCUCUGCAUGACUAUUGUUUGCAUGUCCAGCACAUAUUUCAUGAUCAAGAAGCUAAAAAUAUUACGUGGGUGAAAACUUGCCUUGCUGUUCCUGCCACAUACUGUACUGUAGCGAAUCUGACAGGCAAAGCUGAGAGUGUUUAUCGGACAGCUGGUAUCGACUUCUACCUCCUAUUUCAGAGUUUUGAUACUAUUCUGAUCAAAUGCAAGUCAAUACAACUUGUGAAAUAUGGGAAGAAUUAGUAGAAUGUGCAGAAUUACAGAAAAGACAAUUGCAGGCUACCUGUCUGGUUCCCAAACUUCCAUUCACCACAAAAACAAUGUAUAUAUUUUUUCUAAUAAAUCCUGAAUUCAGUCUUUUCUAUGAA